CUCUCUCUCUCUGUUUUCUUCUCAACCCCCAGCUCAUGCUGUUUGUCUGCUUUAUUUUACUCUGUAACUCGCCCUCUUUCACUCCCACUGCCUUCCUUUCACCCUCCCUCGCUCUUCAAAUGCUUUGUGCUCAGUGAUUAUAGUCCUUCACUAACUCUGCAUAGAGGGAGAGAGUGAGAGACAAAGAAAAGAAAGAAAGAAAGAAAGAAAGAAAGAAAGAAAGAAAGAAAGAAAGAAAGAAAGAAAGAAAGAAAGGGAGACAGAAGAAGUGUAAGGACAAACUCUUGAAUACUUUAUUAAAGAUGUCCAGCUACAAGCGUGCAACAUUUGAGGAGGAGGCGGCAGACAACCCAGCUGAUGGGGCCAUGUCUCCGGACAGUGUGGAGGUUGGCUUUCGGAAGGGCGGCAUCCAGCUCCUCGGUCCCCUGGGCAGGAGGACCCAAAUGGAGGUAGUGCUGGCUGGUGUGCUGCUCUGCUCUCUCCUCGCCCUGUUCGGAUGUGCUGUCACGCUGGGCAUGCGCUACAACACAGACCCAGCGCGGAGCCUGUGUCUGACUGAGGCCUGUAUUACGGUGGCCAGUAAGAUCGUAGAGGCCCUGGACCGCAGCGCUGACCCCUGCCAUGACUUCUACCAGUACGCCUGCGGGGGCUGGGUACGCAAGAACCCUCUCCCUGACGGACGCUCUCGCUGGAGCACCUUCAACAGCAUCUGGGACCAGAACCAGGCUCUCCUCAAACACCUGCUGGAGAAUGGCACGUUCAACUCCAGCAGCGACGCCGAGAAGAAGACCCAGUUCUACUACCUGUCCUGCCUGAACGAGCAGCACAUCGAGGAGCUGGGAGCCAUGCCUCUCAUUGACCUCAUUGCAAAGACAGGGGGCUGGAACAUAACGGGGCCCUGGGAGAAGGACAACUUUAUGGAGGUGCUGAAGACAGUGUCAGGCCCCUACCGUGCCCAGCCCUUCUUCACCAUUGGCGUCAGCGUGGACCCCAAGAACUCCAACAGUAACGUCAUCCAGGUGGACCAAUCGGGGCUGUUCCUCCCCUCGCGGGACUAUUACCUCAACAAGACAGCCAAUGAAAAGGUGUUGAAGGCGUAUCUGGACUACAUGGUGGAGCUGAGCCUGCUGUUGGGGGGGGAUAAGAACUCCACACAAAGACAGAUGCAGCAGAUCCUGGACUUUGAAACGGCGCUCGCCAACAUCACAGUACCGCAGGACGAACGUCGAGAUGAGGAGAAGAUCUACCACAAGAUCACCAUCGCUGAGCUACAGCUGCUGGCUCCAGCGGUGGACUGGCUGGACUACCUGUCCUCGGCCCUGUCCCCUCUGGACCUGAACGAUACAGAGCCAGUGGUGCUAUAUGCCAAGGAGUACUUGCAACAGGUGUCCGACCUGAUCAACAAGACCGAGCGCAGCCUGCUCAACAACUACAUGAUCUGGAACCUGGUGCAGAAGGGAGCGUCCAGUCUGGACCAGCGCUUUGAGAACGCUCAGGACAAGCUGCUAGAGAGCCUGUAUGGAACCAAGAAGUCCUGCACACCUCGAUGGCAGACCUGCAUUGGGAACACAGAUGACACGCUCGGCUUUGCCCUGGGUGCACUCUUUGUCAAAGCAACGUUUGAUAAACACAGCAAAGAGAUUGCAGAGGGUAUGAUCAAUGAGAUCCGUACUGCCUUCAAAUAUACUCUUGAUCACCUCAAGUGGAUGGACAAACAAACGCGUCAGGCAGCCAAGGACAAGGCAGACGCCAUCUACGACAUGAUUGGAUUUCCUGACUUCAUCCUGGACCCCAAAGAACUGGAUGAUGUUUAUGAUGGGUAUGAAGUCUCGGAAGACAACUUCUUCCAGAACGCACUCAACUUCUACAACUUCUCCGCCAGGGUGAUGGCCGAUCAGCUCCGCAAGCCGCCCAACAGAGACCAAUGGAGUAUGACCCCUCCCACAGUCAACGCCUACUACAUGCCCACCAAGAAUGGCAUUGUCUUUCCAGCUGGAAUCCUCCAGGCACCCUUUUAUGCCCAGGAUCACCCCAAAGCACUGAACUUCGGGGGGAUCGGAGUGGUGAUGGGACACGAGCUCACUCAUGCCUUUGAUGACCAGGGCAGGGAAUACGACAAAGACGGGAACCUUCGGCCAUGGUGGCAAAAUUCCUCUGUGGAAGCAUUUAAAAACCGCACGGAAUGCAUGGUGGAGCAGUACAACGGGUUUACCAUCAACGGGGAGCAUAUAAAUGGCAAGCAGACGCUGGGAGAGAACAUUGCUGACAACGGAGGCCUAAAGGCAGCCUAUAAUGCGUACCAGGCAUGGGUGCAGGAGAACGGUGAGGAGAAGAGGCUGCCAGCGGUCAACCUGACCAAUGACCAACUAUUCUUUGUGGGAUUUGCACAGGUGUGGUGUUCCGUGCGAACCCCGGAGAGCGCCCACGAAGGACUCAUGACGGACCCCCACAGCCCCCCAAAAUACCGCGUAAUCGGCACCCUCUCCAACUCGCCAGACUUUGCUGAGCACUUCCAGUGCCCCACUGGCUCCCCUAUGAACUCAGGUCACCGCUGUGUGGUGUGGUAGGGCCUGUGAGAACCAGUGAGGGUGCUGUCUGUGGAAGCUACAUGGAGAAACAAGAGGAGGAGAAGAACCUCUAACUAAUCAUCAGAUUUUUUUCCCCUUCUAGUUCUCUUUUGUUUGUACAUGAUACUGGAUCACUAGUGGUUUGUGGGUAGAGCAGGACCAACUCCAGGUGAGGAAGAGGGAUGUGCGUGGAGAGAAAUGUUGUCAUCUGCUGAUGUGUGCGUAAUUCCAGUGUUAUGGUAUUUUUCCUCUUUCUCCACCCCCCUACUCACCGGUGGGGCACAAAGGCACGUUUUAUUUAUUGUUUGCUGGACUUGGUAGAGGCCGGGGAGGAGGAGCCACUAGGGGCUGUCUAUCCCCUCACCUUUCUCUAUGCUUCUGUGUUGUCGCUGUCCUUGCUGUGUGCCCUGUUUACAAUUUAAACCAGAGCCCUCUAUUGACUUAGGGCUCUCACUGAAGGCACUAUGACAUUACACGAUGAGUUCAGCUGCCUUUGUGACCUUGCAGGAAGCGCAGAAAUUUGGCUGUGGCAUCACAGGAUGGGUUCAUCUGCCUCUGUGACCUCACAGGAAGUACUGAAACUUCACAAUGAUUGAACAUUGAAUAUGGCUUCAUCUCAAAUGCCAUCCCUAUUCCCUAUAUAACUUACUUGCCUUGAGGCACAUAAGGCAUCCACAAGAGAGCGCCACUGCUUCUGGUCUGCAUGUCCUAUAUAGUAUACACAGUACAAUGUGGCUCUGGUAAAUAGUUGUGCCCUAUGAGGUGUCAUUUGAGAUGGAGCCAUUAAGACUCAGCUGUCUUUCUCUGUUGCUUCACAGGAAGUGCACUGGCUUCUGUGGGUCCUCAAAGAUGCCACUCAGCACCCUCUGUGACAUCACAAGGAAUCCACAGCAGGUGCUUCACUGUGACCUCAUAGCAGGUGUGGGGGAAUCUUAAUACAAAAAAUUGCUUCCUCUCCGAUGUACAAUGUUAUACUGUGCAAAAUCACUGGACAUGUGAAAGCAAUAUUGAAGCCUACUGAUAGGCUUUGCCACCAUAUCACUUAUAGCUAUCCCAUUUCUUAAUGAUCGGUGGCGAGGAGUUUGAAUACAUAAGGAAAGGGUACAUAGGAAAGCCACUUAACAAUGUUGAUCCAACCAUGACGGGUGACGUUGCCCCUAGACGCUGAUCUUGGUUUAGUUUCCCCACUAAUGGUUAAGGUUAAGAUUGGGGGAGGGAAAGCUAAUCGUAGAUCUGUACUUAGGGGAAACAUCACCCUAAAGCAUCCAACCGCAAGAUGGGCAAAGGUCCCUCUAGACCUACAGACAGUGCUGGACUGGCUGUGACACCGGUUGUAAGGACACUCACCACUUGCUUAUCUGUGUUUUAGUUGUUGCUGCUGUUGUUGUUAUUGGCAUAUUCUGAAGUUGAUAAGUUCAAAUGAGAUUCUCAUUUUUAAAACUGCUUUUUGCCAAAUAUAUUUUUUUGUUUGUUUUGUU